ACCGUCACGUCUAUAACAUAUGUUUUAGGUGACUCAAAUGAUCCAAUGCGGUCCAAUUUGCUAGUAACACCGGCCAUCUUUUCCCUGAAAACAGUGUUUGUUUGGUAAUUUAGAUCAAAAUUAAAUUUGUAAUUAAUGUCAGAACCACAGUCAGCCCUUCUAUUGAGAAAACAGCUAGCAGAAUUAAAUAAAAACCCCGUGGAGGGAUUUUCUGCUGGGCUAAUCGACGAUAAUGACAUUUACAGAUGGGAAGUGUUAAUUAUUGGACCCCCGGACACUCUUUACGAAGGAGGCUUCUUCAAAUGUCACUUGUAUUUUCCAAAAGAGUAUCCACUAAGGCCGCCCAAAAUGAAAUUCGUGACAGAAAUCUGGCAUCCGAACAUUGAUAAAAAUGGCGACGUGUGUAUAUCGAUUCUGCACGAACCUGGAGACGACAAAUUCGGAUACGAAAAAGCGUCAGAAAGGUGGCUGCCAGUACAUACAGUAGAAACUAUUUUAAUAUCGGUAAUUUCAAUGUUAGCUGAUCCGAACGACGAAUCACCAGCGAAUGUCGAUGCUGCAAAAGAAUGGCGAGAGAUGUACGGGGAGUUCAAACGAAAAGUAGCGCGGUGUGUCAGGAAGUCCCAAGAGGAAUGUUAGUACAUUAAACCAAUUAAUUAAAAAAUAACCACCAAUAAAACGGUUUGAUUCUUGAUUUUUUUAAAAUUCGCAUUUUUUCUGUUGUGUUUUUUUUUUGUACGUGUGCAUUAACCUGGAGUCAAAUCAGUUGGUUCUUUUCGAGAUCUCACAGAGAUUGGUUUUAUUUUCCUUGAACAACUGUCAGGUUGCUUUUUUAUUUGAUGUUCUUUAAGUUAUUGGUUAAUUUUAAAGCAUAUUUCAGCGUGAAUGUGGUAUUGUAAGCGGAAAAAUGAUUCGUUUUUGUCUCUGAACGAACGUCAGAUUCAAAUGUUGUCUUAAUUGUAAUACUUAAGACAUUUGUCGAAAAUACACUACUUGUAAUUGCUAUUAGAUUAUGUAAAUUUCAACUGUAACACUGUAGGUAUCAUAAGUUAAGUAAAUUUUAUUAAUAAAAA